AUGCAGGCUCGCGUGCUUCGUGUCGCCGCUCCUGGCGGGCCUGACGUCCUGAAGCCGGAGUCGGUCAUCCUGCCGGCGCCGGCGCCUGGCGAAGUACGCGUGCGCCAAACGGCGAUUGGUCUCAAUUAUCUGGACGUCUAUCACCGCUCCGGCCUCUAUCCGCUGCCGAUGCCGACUGGCGUCGGCUCCGAGGCUGCCGGUAUCGUCGAGGAGAUCGGACCGGGCGUGUCCCUCGUCAGCGCGGGCGACCGCGUCGUGUAUGCCGGCGGCCCGCCGGGCGCCUACGCGAGCCAGCGGAACGUGGAGGCCGCGCGACUCGUUGUCAUUCCCGAUGGUGUGACCGAUGAACUCGCCGCGGCCGUCAUGCUCAAGGGCAUGACCGUCGAGUACCUGCUCAACCGCUGUCACGCCGUGAAGCCUGGCGAGUUCGUGCUGUUCCACGCGGCGGCCGGCGGUGUUGGACUGCUCGCCGGUCAGUGGGGCCGCCGUCUCGGCGCAACGAUGAUCGGCGUCGCUGGGGGCGGGGACAAGUGUCGGCUCGCGCGUGAGCACGGCUAUGAGGAGGUCGUCGACCGGACGAGUGAGGAUGUCGUCGAGCGCGUGAAGGCAAUCACUGGAGGCGCGGGCGUUCCGGUCGUGUACGACUCGGUCGGCAAGGCCACCUUCGACGUCUCGAUUGCGUGCCUGGCGCCGCGGGGGCUCUUCGUGUCCUUCGGCACCACGACCGGGGCGCCACCUCCGGUGGAGGCGAGCGCGCUCCAGAAGCGUGGUUCUUUGUAUUUCACGCGGCCGACGCUGGUGAUCUACACUGCCCGCCGUGAGGAGCUCGUCGCGUCGGCCACCGCGGUUUUCGACAUGGUGACCCGUGGCGUGAUCACGGUGCACAUCGGUGCGCGAUACGCGCUCGCAGAUGCCGCUCGCGCCCACGCCGAUCUGGAGGGCGGCAGGACCGUCGGGUCGUCGCUGCUGAUCCCUUGA